CUUGGCAUUUAUGUUUUGACGUUUCGUUAUGUGCUGUAUAACUAAGUUGAUUGAGUUGUAUUAUCUGAUUGGAGUUGUUCUGCAAUUGUACCUAAUUCACAUUCGUUUUUUUGCUACCAUUCGAUAAGAAACACUAAAUUUUGAUACUUUUUUGUACAUUGCCAUCGAUUGACGUGUUUUUUUUUUUCUAAGCGUAACAAUUCCUCCUGCAAAUUCACUGUGAUUUUUGUAUAUUAAUUGGCAACACAACAAUUCUGCACCCAACACACGGCAACACACACACACACACACAUACACAGCACCAAUUGAAUAAUGGAUGAACAAGAGAAAUUGUUGGGCGAUGCGAUUGCCGUGAUUCGCAGUCAAGCCUUCCAAAUGCAACGAUUUUUGGAUAAAAAUCGCCUGAUGGAUGCUUUGAAAUGUGCCAGUAACAUGCUCGGCGAGCUGCGAACAUCGCUGCUUUCGCCGAAAAAUUACUAUGAACUAUACAUGGCAAUCACAGAUGAACUACGCCAUUUGGAGGCCUAUUUGUUGGAGGAAUUCGAAAAGGGCCGAAAGGUGCCUGAUCUCUAUGAACUGGUCCAAUAUGCCGGCAAUAUUGUGCCUCGUCUCUAUCUACUCAUUACGGUCGGUUUAGUUUACAUCAAAACCAAUCCGUCACUCAACAAAAGCAUUCUGAAGGAUUUGGUUGAAAUGUGCCGUGGUGUUCAGCAUCCAUUGCGUGGCCUAUUUUUACGUAAUUACCUAUUGCAGUGCACACGAAAUGUGUUGCCGGAUGUCGUUGAGGCGACAGACGAACAAGAAGGCACCGUUUUCGAUUCCAUUGAUUUUAUACUGAUGAAUUUUGCUGAAAUGAAUAAAUUGUGGGUGCGAAUGCAGCAUCAAGGCCAUUCAAGUGAACGAACGCGUCGCGAAAAGGAACGUGAAGAAUUGAAAAUUUUAGUCGGCACCAAUUUGGUGCGAUUGUCACAAUUAGAAUCAGCCACAUUAGAUACGUAUCAAAAAUUAAUACUGCCCGGAAUUCUCGAACAAGUUGUCAGCUGUCGCGAUGCCAUUGCCCAAGAGUAUUUGAUGGAAUGCAUCAUUCAAGUGAUUCCCGAUGAAUUCCAUUUGCAAACGCUUGAUCCGUUUUUGAAGUCAUGUGCACAACUCGAGUCCGGUGUCAAUGUGAAAAAUAUCAUCAUUUCGCUCAUCGAUCGUCUGGCCGCGUAUAAUCAACGCGUGGAAAAGAAUCAAGUUGCAGCGGAUGACAAGAGCCCAACAGCAAUACCACAAGAUGUACAGUUAUUUGAAGCGUUCAGCGUGCAAAUCGCAAAUAUUGUACAGAUUCGUACCGAUAUGCCAUUGGAAGAUACAAUAUCAUUGCAAGUGGCUCUCGUGAAUUUGGCACAAAAAGUUUAUCCAGAUCGAGUUGAUUACGUGGAUAAGGUGUUGGAGACAACGAUUCAAAUUCUCGAACGUUUGAAUAUGGAGAACAUUGCGCAUACACUGACCGUGAACCAAGAGUUGUCUCGCUUGUUACGAAUUUGCGUGGAUUUCUACAACGAUGCAUUGACACUCAUAAAAUUGGAGCAUUUCAGUCCAUUAUUGCAAAAAUUCGAUUACACCUCCAGAAAAUCGUUAGCACUGUACAUCGUGUUGAAUAUUCUGGACAAUGAAACCUUAAUUCCGACCGCCGAAGAGGUGGACAACAUAUUGGUUAUGAUUUCGCCAUUAAUCAAAGACGAGCCAGAUCAACCGGCUGAAAAAAUCGAUCCAGAAGAUUUUGCCGAAGAGCAGGGCAUCACCGGUCGAUUUGUUCAUCUGUUGCGCAGUGAUGAACCGGAUCAACAGUAUAAAAUUCUUCAAAUAGCCCGCAAGCAUUUCGGUGAAGGCGGAACGUUGCGCAUCAAACAUGUGCUACCAUCGUUGGUAUUCCAAGCAUUCCAGUUGGCAUGUAAAUACAAGAGUAUUGCCGGAACUGAUGAAAUGUGGGAUAAAAAAUGCCAGAAAAUUCUACAAUUUUGCCAUAACACCAUAACGGCAUUGGCCCGAUCCGAUUUGGCCGACCUUGCGCUACGACUAUUCCUGCAGGGUGCACUUGUCGUUGGCCAACUUGGUUACACCAACCACGAAACGGUGGCUUAUGAUUUUAUGACCCAAGCAUUUUCACUGUACGAAGACGAAAUUUCCGAUUCAAAGUCACAAUUGGCGGCCAUCACCUUAAUCAUGGCCACAUUCGAACAAAUGUCCUGUUUCAGCGAAGAAAAUGCCGAACCACAACGCACCAAUUAUGCACUGGCCGCUGCUAAAUUGCUUAAGAAACCGGAUCAAUGUCGCGGUGUUGUGGUUUGUGCCAGUUUAUUCUGGAGUGGAAAGAAAAACGGCGAGGAAAUGCGUGAUGAGAAACGCACUCUGGAGUGUCUGAAGAAAGCGGCUCGCAUUGCAUCACAAUGCAUGGAUACCGGCGUUCAAGUGCAAAUUUGUGUGGAACUUCUCAAUCAUUAUCUCUUCUAUUUCGAACGGGGCAACUCAUUGAUCACAGUGGAUCUAUUGAAUCAGUUAAUCGCUAAAAUAAACGAAGAGCUUCCAAAUCUAGAGCAAUGCGAAGAGUCGAAGCAGAUCGAAGUGCAUUAUCAAAAUACAUUGGCGCAUAUUCGUAGUCGUAUGAAAUCCAGUGAUUCGACCGGUCUGGAGGUGUCAUUUGAAGGCAUCACCUUGAGUAGUUAAAUUUAAAUUGAAUACAUGCUCGAAUUGUGAUUAUUUUUAGCAUCAUCGCAGCUUUGCUCUGCCGGUAUUUUAUUACACACCCAAUAGAAACAGUACCGAAAUGUUAUAAAUCAAUUGAAAUAAAAAUAUUGUAAUUAAAUUUGAUUUAUUAAUAAAAGAAGAUUAAAAUGAAAACCUGCAACAAA